UGAGUGUGUAUGUGUGAACACUACUUUUUAAUGGAAUUACAUUAUAAGAAGCACAAUCGCGAGUUACAUUGCAAUUUCUUCACAAUUCUAUCGAAUCACGUUGUCCGUAUUGGUGCAUUAGAUUUCAGCGCUGCUGUAUGCGUUGCUGCAUGUUGGCACCGUAAAUAGCAAAUCGAAAUGUCCGAGAGGAGAGGAGUAGCAGCGAGUACGACAGUUCGAGCGAUAAUGAAAGCCAUAUACGAUGGAGGCAUUCGGAGCGUUGUGCUACUGCGCUUGCGUUGCGUCUUUUCCCGAGCUAUUCCAGUCCCCUUAUUUUUGCUAAAAAAGUAAUGUCGUGGCAAUUUCGCGAUUGUCCCCACUCAAUGAAGUAAUAAUGCAGGAAACAGCAUUAUGGAGAUUGUCUCAGUCUGUAUUACCUCGAAUAACGCAAGGCUCCGGUUGUUUGAUUUUCUUCGCCACUAUCUCGCGAAUACUUCGAUGCCUGAAGGCUGAAAAAUUAGCACGACGGUGUUCGCGGUGUGAGAUAGAAACGAAACGACACGAGGAACGGGUAUAACGUCGGUUGUGAAAAAACCGUCGUAACCAUCACGUUAUCGCCAGAUGCUCAUCAUCGAGAAGCCGCAUUACAGGAUUAAUCGCUGGAUCCUUUUGAUAAGCGGCGUACUACCGUGCGAAAGUUCGAUGCUCGCGACAGCGCAGAAGUUGUUCUUCUACAGCAUACUCGCGAGCACGUUUUACGUUCAGCUGACUGUGUUUAUCACGCAUGAGUUGAGCGCGAUUCAGUUCAUCGACUUUUUGACAUUCAUGUUUCCAACCAGCGUGGUGAUGAUCAAGUACUAUUACUUUUAUCUCAACACGGAACUCGUGACGCGGUUAUUGGAAACUGUUCAAUCCGAUUGGAAUUCAUUAAAAGAUGAGCGUGAACGCGAGAUAAUAGAAAAAUACGCCGUAGAAGUGAAAUUUCUCACUAUGACUAUGACGGUAUUUUGUUGCAGCAUGGUGGUUGGAUAUUUGAUACUGUCAGUAACGCCUUAUAUAUUUAGCGUUUAUUCGUCGCACAACAAUACUUUCGCGUCCUGCAUGUACGUCCCAUUCGAUUAUUGUAUCGAUCGAGAGAAAUACUUUUAUAUUAUAUUAACGCACUUCAUCUUGUUUUUGAGUAUUGGAUCCAUAGGGGUUGUAGCUAUGGCUACGCUCAUGGCAUUGUUCUUGAAACAUGCCUGUGGUUUAUUAAAGAUCGCCAGCUAUCGACUUGAACGUGCAAUGAACACAAAGGAUAUACAGCAAACCUCAUCGUUAAUGAAGGAACGUAUUAUGCGUGUGAGGGUGAUGCAAGCUGUAAACAUUCAACAGCAAGCGCUAAAUACAUCUACCGAGAAAUUUGAGAGAUUAUUUCGAUUUCGAAGGUUCACGAGUCGUGUCAUGUCUAAUUUUGCGCUAUUGUAUUUUAUUCUAAUCGUGAUAGGCGCGGGUUCUAUAAGUAUCUGUAUGUUUCGAAUUAUUUAUACAUUACAAACGACCUGCGAUUGGCGUGAGCUCUUCGUGAUCAUAGCGAUGCUGAUGGCACAUUUCAUAUACAUGUUCUUUGCGAAUUAUAUGGCACAAGAGGUCACAGAUCACUGCAACAAUCUAUUUCUCGCGGCCUCGAUGUGGUACGUAGCUCCACUUCGAGUUCAGAGAUUAAUAUUGUUCCUUCUACAGUACGGCACGAAAAAUUACACUAUCGUCAUUGGUGGCUUUUACGUCAGUUCACUCGAAGGUUUUACCACGCUAUUGAGUACAUCUCUGUCGUAUUUCAUGGUAAUUUAUUCCACGCAAAUAAAUGAUGAGAAAAUACGGGAGUGAGCCUUUCAGGAAUUUACCAUUACAAACGGUGUAAUUAUGCAUCAUGACUCUAAACCAUCGUCAAAUUGAAAUCGUAAGCACAUUUCAGCAACGACGAUAUAAUAAAUGAUAAUGUCCAGCAAAUUAAAAAUAAUUUCCAGAAUUUUGUAUCACUGCGUGUCUGUACAAAUAAAUGAUGUCUUGCGGCAAUUUGUGUUUA